CGCUUUCACUCGGUAUUGGUCGCGUCUCGACGGGCGACCUGGUGAACCAGGCCAGCCUCCAUACCAAUUUACCAGACCCCAACGAUUCCUUUCUUCUCCGGCUCCGCGUGCCAACGAAGUUAACCGAGAACCGGAGCAAGAGAUCGCGCCGCGCCGCGCGCAGGAGGCCGCCGGAAAGCGGAAGAGAAGGGCGCGGCCGUAGAGAUGGACGAGAUCAUGAACAAGGUGGGCGCCUACUGGCUGGGGCAGAGGGCCAACAAGGAGAUCUCGUCGGCCGGCGACGACAUCGAGUCGCUCUCGACCAGCGUCGGGGAGGGCGCGAAAUGGCUGGUGAACAAGCUGAAAGGCAAGAUGCAGAAGCCGCUGCCUGACCUGCUCAAGGAGCACGGCCUGCCGGUGGGGCUCUUCCCGCGGGAGGCCACCAACUACGAGCUCGCGCCGGAGACGCGGCGCCUGACGGUGUACAUCCCGUCCAAGUGCGAGGUCGGCUACCGCGACGGCUCCGAGAUGCGGUUCGACGCCACGGUGUCCGGCACGCUGGGCGAGGGCCGGCUCACGGAGGUGGAGGGGAUCAAGACCAAGGUGCUCGUCUGGGCCAGGGUCACCGCCGUCAAGGCCGACGCCGCCAAGGUGCACUUCACGGCCGGGAUCAAGAGGUCGCGCGCCCGGGACGCCUACGAGGUCGUCAGGGGCGGCAUCACCGUCGACGAGUUCUAGCUCUGGCUGUAUGUCAGUAUGUGGCGCCGCUGGACGGACGAUCUCGAUCUUGCUGGUUUUGCACGCUGAGAUGCUUGCAGGAAUAAAUUCUACGCUUAAUUAGUUGUGUGACCGUGUGCUUUAUUGUGGGACUUGUGAGUUGUGACGCACUCACGCACGUACUUUACUGUACAGUAUUAAGAUUUGAAUGAGAACAUAGACCCAAGCAUAGGCAGAGCUCGGUGCAGUUCAA